AUGACAGAGCCGAAACCAGACACACCCUUGAUCCCACCAUCUUCAUCAUCAUCAUCAUCAUCAUCAUCGCGCAACCUUCCCGACUUCAAAAAUUCAGUUAAACUGAAAUAUGUGAAGCUUGGUUACCAUAUUCUCAUUACCCAUGGAAUGUACCUCUUUCUUUCCCCUCUUGUUGUUGUUAUCGCUGCCCAGAUCUCAACAUUUUCUCUCCAAGAUCUGUAUGAUCUAUGGGAGCAUCUCCAAUACAACCUAAUUUCAGUGAUUAUCUGCUCGACUCUCCUUGUUUUCCUAUCCACUGUCUACUUUCUCACCCGCCCUCGCCCGGUGUACCUUGUUAACUUUUCCUGCUACAAGCCAGAAGAAUCUCGAAAAUGCACGAAAAAGAUUUUUAUGGAUCAGUCUCAAAUGACUGGUACAUUCACAGAGGAGAAUCUUCAGUUCCAGCGAAGGAUUCUUGAGAGAUCUGGCCUUGGGGAUUCAACUUACCUUCCAGAGGCUGUACUCAACAUUCCUCCAAAUCCGUCAAUGAAAGAAGCUAGAAAAGAAGCUGAGGCUGUGAUGUUUGGUGCCGUUGAUGAGCUUUUCGCUAAGACAGCUGUAAAACCUAAGGACAUUGGAAUCUUGAUUGUGAACUGCAGCUUGUUCAAUCCGACCCCAUCUCUUUCUGCCAUGGUUAUCAACCAUUACCAGCUUCGAGGGAACAUAGUCAGCUAUAAUCUUGGUGGGAUGGGCUGCAGUGCAGGUCUGAUCUCAAUUGAUCUUGCUAAAAAUCUUCUUCAGGUGCAUCCUAACUCUUAUGCACUGGUUAUCAGCAUGGAGAACAUCACAUUGAACUGGUACUUUGGAAAUGAUCGCUCAAAGCUUGUCUCAAAUUGCUUAUUUCGGAUGGGAGGGGCUGCUAUAUUGCUUUCAAACAAAAGCUCAGACAGAAGACGGUCCAAAUAUCGAUUAGUUCACACUGUUCGAACCCACAAGGGUGCUGAUGAUAAGUGCUUUAGCUGUGUUACCCAAGAAGAAGACUCCAAUGGAAAGAUUGGUGUUACUUUGUCAAAGGAUCUGAUGGCAGUAGCAGGUGAUGCUUUAAAGACCAACAUCACCACAUUGGGGCCUCUUGUUCUGCCAAUGUCUGAACAGCUGCUUUUCUUUGCUACAUUGGUUGGGAGGAAACUUUUCAAAAGGAAGAUCAAACCUUACAUCCCAGAUUUCAGACUAGCUUUUGAGCAUUUCUGUAUUCAUGCUGGAGGAAGAGCCGUAUUGGAUGAAUUGGAGAAGAACCUACAUCUAUCUGAUUGGCAUAUGGAGCCAUCAAGGAUGACACUCCAUCGAUUUGGAAACACAUCGAGCAGUUCUCUCUGGUAUGAGUUAGCUUAUACAGAAGCCAAGGGAAGGAUGAAGAAAGGAGAUAGAACAUGGCAGAUAGCUUUUGGGUCGGGAUUCAAGUGUAACAGUGCUGUGUGGAAGGCUCUUAAGAGCAUAAAUCCAGCAAAGGAAAAGAACCCAUGGAUGGAUGAAAUUGAUCGGUUCCCCGUAGAUGUUCCAAAGGUGUCAACCUUCUAA